AUCCCACUAAUAUAGUGAUGACAUAUCUUUUAACAAGUAAAAUUAUAAGAUUUAUUAAUUUGUAUGUCCUUACUAAAAACCUACCACAAGUGCUGCAUUAAUUGGCCUCACACUACAUAUAAACAAAGGAAGGCGUGAUAACAAGUAAUCCUCACAAACUAGCCUCAUAAACAUGGCCUUAGCUUCAAUCUUCGAAUCAUCCGAAGGUGAGCAAAGAUGGAUCAGCCAAGUCAGCAAAAUCCUCCAAAACGACGAGGUCAUGGUCGAGAUCGACCUCCCAGUUUCAAUCUUUCGUGUCCCAACCACCAUCAGUGCAUUCAAGCCAGAAGCUUACACCCCUCAGCUCAUGGGCUUAGGUCCAUACCACCAUUUUCGAUCCGAGCUCUAUGAAAUGGAGAGGUACAAGCUCGCUGCAGCCAGUCGGCUUCAAAAACAGUUCAAAAGCCUAGAAUUCAAACAACUUGUCGAAAAGCUCGCCAAGUUCGAACAUAAAGUCCGAGCUUGUUAUCAUAAGUACUUGGAUGUUGAGUGUGAUACACUAGCUUGGAUCAUGGCCAUUGAUGGCUUGUUCUUGCUCGACUUUCUUCAGAAUUAUUUAACCCAUGUGAAGGAAAAUAUUUCUUCUACGUCAACAACAGCUCACUUGGUUGACUCCAGUGGAAGGAAACUGGCUCAUGGGUCAAUCCUCGGUGACAUAAUGAUGCUUGAAAACCAGAUUCCAAUUUUUGUUCUAAGGGCGAUUUUGUCUAUCCAAUGCUCGUUGCCUGAUGUAGAAGACAAUUUGUUGCCUACGAUGUUGAUGGGUUUUUGUAAAGCUCUCUCUCCACUCAAACUAGUCAAGGAGGACCUCCCUUUGUCCCAAGUCUCUGAGCAUGCACAUUUGUUGGACCUUUUGUACCACUUGACUGUGCCCAAAUUGGAGAAUUCUCAAGAACAUCAAGGGAAAAAUACGUGUGGGAAAUUCGAAUCUUCGAGCUCUCAUGCAGCAGAGAAGUUUGAUUCAAGUAAGUCUUGUCAUGUUUUUGAUAAGCUUUGGAGCUUGUUAUCCAAUCUAAAUGUUGGGUUUGUAAGUAAAAUCACAAAGCCUAUUCAGAACAUAUUGGGUGUGUCUUCAAAGAUUGUUAGUAGUGUACCAGGGAUAUCCUUUUUAUCAUCCAAAAAGAAAGAAGACAUAAAACCAGAAGAUGAAGCUUCUAGUGAUGAGAAGAAAACUCCUAAAGUAGAGGAGAUCAUGAUUCCUUCCGUAUCAAUGCUUCGUUUCGCUGGGGUGGAAUUCUGUUCCAGUAAUGGAGGCCUCGCGACGAUUAAAUUCAACAAAUACACUAAGAAAUUUCACCUCCCUGUCAUCAUUCUAAACGUGAACUCCGAGGUAGUGAUGAGAAACUUGGUGGCAUACGAGGCUUCAACUGCCUCUGAAUCGCUGGUUUUCGCGCGAUACAUGGAGCUGAUGAAUGG